GUGUACCAAAUAUUUUGAUAUUUUCCCACUAAGUAAACACAGGGAGAUGGAUGUGUUUAUCAGAUCUAUAAAUGAGCAGCUGAGGUGUUUUCAGCUCAUGUGACACAGAUCCUAUAAGCAGGUGUAAUCUUUCUCCUCCUCCUCAUUCUGGCGAGAGUAACCGGAUUAACCCGGCUUCAGGUCAGAGCUGCACUCACAGCAAAGACUAAAACAGAAGGAAAACAACAACUUCACGAAGAGCAGGUCAAUUAUCUCUGUGCUGAGGCUUCAUGGAUCUGCAGCAAGCAGACAAAAUCUGCAGUCUGGAUGAAGGUUUCUUUCUCUUCCUCUUCUGCCACCUGCUGAUCACCUGCUACGUCUGGAGCUAAAGCUAUACCCUGCAGGUGUUUAGAUGGACAUUCAGCAUCACGGUGAACCUGGUUUCAAAGUGUCUAAAAGUUGGAUUUAGCAGCAGGAACAUUCUUUCACCAUGGAUCCAGACAGAGAAGAGGAUGUGUUCUCAGAUGCUGAAGACCUGUUCUGCCUACGAGAUGACCUGGAGGAAGAGGAGGAAGAGCAAGAGGUUGGAGAAGAAGAUGCCAGGAUCUUCAACAUAUGGACGCAGCAGUACAGAGGAGGUGAACGACAGAAGAAGCAGGAGCAACAAGCAGAACAGGAGGAGGGAGAAGAGGAGGAAGAGGAAGAAGAAUCAGAGGAUGGAAGACCUGAAAGCAAGUGCAGCUUAGAGCUACCAGCCCAGAUGAGAUCUGGCCGCCGGUCGUCACUGCCAUGCCCGGCUACCCUCACAGCCAUGCAACUGUCCCACCUACAUUCAUCCACAUGUGCUCCAGUGACAGCGAGGGUUCUGCUGCGACGCUCCUCCUCUCGUCGCCUCCUUCCCUCCCCUCAGGAAGACAUCAUCCCACCACUUGAGCAAAGACCGUUACCCAUACCUCCCAUUCCUGAGGCUGUUCCACCUGAGAGGCGGGGCCAAUUCAGGAGGCGUAACGUUAUGUCGCUGAGUGAUGCAUAUAGUACAUGUCUGAUCUGUCACAACAACCUGAAACAAGGAUCCGGUGGUAACAGAGAGCUGCAAUGCACACACACCUUCCACAAGGAGUGCAUAGAGGAGUGGUUGUGGACGAAACAGUCCUGUCCAACGUGUCAUGUUCAAGUGUCCAUGCCACAGCCUGUCUACUGGAACUCCACCAGGGUCAAAGUCCCCUGAGACCUCCUAUAAACUCAACUAUGUCUCCAUCAGAGUCAUCUGAAGGCUUCAUCCCAAGAUCAGAGGAUGGAGAAAACAUCCUGGGUCACACUGACAGAGGAUGGAGAAAAGUCAGUUCUUGGAAACCAAAGCUGAGCUGUUGUUGACUGCUAGUCCCAAACCCACCUGCUUUUUCAUUCAUCUCCAGCUGACCCUUUUAAACGGGUAACAACUGUUUAAAGAAGACACAAACUACAAAGAAGGGACUUUUCAUGAUACCAGUCUGUGAAAGUUGUUGGAAAUAUUAAUGGACCCUAAAGGACAACUGUGUC